AAAGCUGUGUUGCCUCGGAAGUAUCUAUAGACACAUCCGUAGGUAUACAUACAUAUUUAAUCUCAACUCCUCCAUUACUUACACAUCGUGAAAUAAUUCUCCUACCUGUUUCAUUCAUUACCCAUCCUAAUCUCAAAUCUUGCAUCACUUUACCUCGCCAUGAGCUACCAAUUAUGCGACCAGUGUCAAAGGCUUGAACUUAGCGUUGACAUGUUCAAGAUUGGCAGCGGCAACAGUUGCAGCCCCUCGUCGUCACAGUCUUUGCGACCAAGUAAUGGAAGUCCCUUCUUUGCCACUUUAAAAACAAUCGAGGCGAGAGCUGCCGAGUGUUCACUUUGCAAAAUCAUCGCCGCUGCUAUCCCUCCAGAGGUUCGUUCGGAGGUCAAAGCCAGAAACACGACUUGUCGUCUGGUGUGGGAACUAGACGGUCGCGAUUCUCUCGAUCCCUCAAGCAGAAAACGAACACGGCGGUUAAGAAUUCGUUGGAGUCAAGAGCGUCUCAAAGCUUAUGAAGCAUAUCUCGUACUUGCUGCACCUGCUUCCUACGACGAAUCUAAUUUGGACUACCCUCUCCUACUAAAUGAGGAAACACAGUUCUUGGGUCGACGGAUUGGACCAGUUGUCAAUAAAAGAAACUUGAUUAGAGAAUUUCUUAGGCUAUGCGAGAACAACCAUGAUGAGCGCUGCACCGGAAAGCUUGGUAUCGAGGAUCCCUUUGCUGAGACACUCAAGCAGUCAUAUUUUGGAGUCAUCGACAUUCAGAACCAGAACUUGGUUCCACUGCCUUACACAAACAACAAAGAUUAUCUCUCGUUUCAACCGUACGCUACGGUAAGCUAUGUAUGGGGCAAUAUUCGUGAUCAUAGAACGACUCUAAACAACAUACAAGACCGACUAAAGUCUGGAGGUUUGGCCGCAACCAUCGACGCACUGCCUGUGGCGCUCAAACAGAGUAUUGAGUUGAUUGAGAACUUGGGUAUCCGCUACAUCUGGAUUGACUCUCUCUGCAUCAUUCAGGAUAGCAGUCAUUCCUGGAACUUGAAUUCUCGCACAAUGCACCUAAUUUAUGGCAACUCUACACUGACUAUUUGCGCCGCGGAUGGUGCCAGUGCUGAAGUAGGUUUAAGGGCUAUUGAUAAGAACCAUUCGGUAGAGCAGAAUAUUGGACAAGUUGCCCCUGACGUUCAUCUGGUCUUACAUCAGUCGCCAGAAUCCAACAUAGAAGACUCUGUGUGGAACCGGCGUGCUUGGACAUUUCAAGAGCGUCUCCUCUCUAGAAGAUGCCUCAUAUUUACCAAGGGACAAGUUUACUUCCAGUGCAGAAGUACUGGAAUGUCAGAAGACAUCUUUGUCGACAAAACCGGCCAGGGUUGGUCUUUGGAUCUCACUGGAGCGCCUUUGCAGACGCUGACGCAGCUGAGGCAGAGAGCUCUAUGGUUCUAUGCAAAUUGUGUCAGCUUAUACACCAAGAGAGAGCUCUAUGAGCCAUUUGACAUCCUUGCAGCGUUCAACGGAAUGUGCAAGCUCAUAGAAGGGACAUUGAGGUCACCUUUCACGUUCGGACUGCCGACCUCGCACUUUGAUUUCGCUCUUCUGUGGCAACCAGUCGGCAAAUCGUCUAUACUCGAUAAACCCAUUUCGAAAGACGAAAAGUAUCAGAAUAUGAAGUUCCCAAGCUGGUCAUGGUGUGGAUGGAAGAGUGAGGGCGUACUAUAUAACCGGCAAAUGAUUGAGGGAUGCUUGUCAGACGUACGUACCUGGCUGAGGGACCACACUUGGAUUGACUGGCAUAUUCGAGACGGUUAUGGAACGCCACAGCGAAUUUGGGACAACGCCUGGGCAAAAGAGGACCGAAGCACCGAAGAAAGAUGGAGAGGGUACCGUGGCAACGACAAUAGCAACAGUGACAAUGAUGGCUACAGAUGGGCCAGAGACAGGAAUCCAAGCCGCAGCCGGAGCCGGAGUCGGGACAGCAGCACCAGAAACAGAGCCAUGGUCAGAAUCGUAAACAGAAGCAGGAGCAGAAGUAGGAGCAGAAGUAGAAGUAGAAGCAGGAGUAUGAGCAGGAGCAGCAGAGAAGUUAGCGAGGCUUCACAUCCAGAAAUCUGGGCAUCAGCGAAGCAGAAAUCGAGAAGUCGUACCAACAGAGCACUACUCAACCGGAUUCCGACUUCCCGGCCUCCUCCAGAGUUUCUGAGGCCCUCUUACGGCCAUCACCGCUACUACGAAGAUCGCCGUGCCAGGGACUACAGGCCUAUGGUGGAAAUACUGCCACGACCCCCAGCUAUUGAUCCUUUUGGCCGUCCAUUGGAGGAAUCGGCCAGAGCCAACGUCAAGAAUCCAACAAAGCCUACCUUUGCGCUCACCUUGCCAGAAUACCCUUUCCACGUCCCCGCUGCAGAAUCUAAGUGUCGGACUGGAGAUCACAGAGAAUUUCCAGAUUUGCCCAUUUUGCAAUUCUUUACUUGGUCAAACAAAUUGCGCAUCGCGGUCAAAGAGACUGAUGUCACCUCUGACACGAAAAAAGAAAAGCUCCCUAACGGCUCUCCACCACCAACAGGCGCGCAAAGCAUUUCCAGCCAAGGACCUCUCAGUCAAUGCUACAUCCUAGACCGACGAGGCGACCGCUGUGGUUCCAUUAUGGUUGACUCGGAAUGGCUGGCAAAAGAACCCUUGCCGCGCCAAUGCCGGUUCAUUGCCAUUUCAGAGGCCAAGUCAUUUACAACAGAAGAAAUGCCAGAGUGGACAUAUUACAUUCCUAAAGAGAGGGUUGAGUCGGAGUGGGAUAUAUACUUUGUUUUGCUUAUUGAAUAUCAUGCCCAAGAAGGCCUUUGGAGAAGGGUUGCUCUUGGAAAGGUAUUCAAGACGGCAUUUACUCAUGACGAAGAGACAUGGAGGGAAAUAUUGUUGGGCUAGAAAAGAGUUGCAUGCAAUCUAGAGAUGCUGCUUGGCUUCAUAUAUGCAGAGUAAUGGGGAUAGCAAAUAUGUCCAUUCCGUUCUAUAGUAAUGAUAAUAACGAAAUACUGAGUU